AGUGCUGAGUUUUCAUCUGCCAUGAGAUGUCUUUCUGCCUGGCUGAGAUGCACCUUUGGUCUUUGAAGAACACCUUACAUAUUAGAGACGAAGAUAUUGGGACCCACCAGUAUUACGAGAAGAGUGAACCAGUGUUGCAGAUGAAGUAUGGUUACCUAGAAGAGAAGCAACAGUUUGCAGAAUCUCGAGGCUAUCCUUGGAUACUUAAAAACAAACGACCAGAAAAACUGCGAGAUACCCUCAAGGAGGUAGAGGACUUGAUGCAAAACAGUCAGUGUGUGCUGAGCAAAUGGAAGAACAAACAUACCUGUCAGCUCCUCUUUCAUUCAGGUGUCCUGGUGUCCCUAAGCCUUUCUGGGCCACAGCUGGAGAAGGUGGUGAUUGACAGGACCCUGGUGGGGAAGCUCAUCUCCGACACCAUCAGCGACGCUGUUAUUACGGAUAGUUUCAUCGUCUUGUCAUUUGGGGACCAUAACCAGCUCUGCUUUAUUCAAUUUACAAAGAAGAUGGGGUCUCCUGAUGUGAACAAAAGACUGGAAAAACUCUCUUCCUUGGAUUUUAAGAUUUCUUACACUGAUAUCCCUGGACCAGAAGGUAGAAGGAUGAAACGUCACCUGGCAAUAAACUGUACUCAAGAUAUGAUUAUUUGCUGGUGGUCAGCAGCUAGUAAUGGAGCAUGGCCUUGGUCUCCUAUUUCCUGUGAGAGGGACAGAGCCAACUUAUUGCUGUUACACUGUGCACAUGGCAAACUGGAGGUUUUGAGUUUUGUCCGCACAGAAUGGGAUCCUCUCGAUGCUCGCUUUAGCACUCAGCAGCCCUACCAGGUUCACACCGUGGAGCGCUCCGUCUCUGCAGACAAAGAGCCCAUGGCUGACAGCUGUGUCUACAAGUGUGUUAGGAACAGAAUUCAGUGCGUGGCAGUCACCAGAAUACCACUAAAAGCAAAGGCCAUCAGCUGCUGCAGGAACGUUGCAGAAGACAAGCUGGUCCUGGGCUGUGAGGACUCGUCUCUGGUUCUGUAUGAGGCCUACAACAAGGUGACGCUGUUAGUGCAGGCACAACUGCUGCCCGCUCUCAUCAGCUACCACCCCGGCGGAGCAGUUUUCCUCGUCGGCAGCUCCCAAGGGGAGCUGCAGCUUUUUGACACAGCUCUGUCCCCGAUCAAAAUGCAGCUUUUGGCAGAAGACCUCUCACCGGAGACAACUCUGCAGUUCAGUAAGCACUUCGACGUGCCCAGCAGCCUCGUCCAGCUCGAGUGGCCUGCUCCUCAGGGCGCAUCUCCCAGCACUGGUGGCCCCGAUAUCCAUGAUCUUCUGUUGGUUAGAUUCGACAAAGGACCCUUGGGAGCACUUCAUUUUAAACUUGGUGUGAUCACGGGGGGACGGCUGGGCCCCGUGGAGCUCAUCCACCAGUACCUCCGCUACGACGAGACACGCGAAGCCGUCGGCGUCCUGAGCACCAUGGACUGGAACACCAUGGGGCGUCAGUGCUACGUGAGCCUCACUGCCGUCGUAAACCACCUUCUGAAGCAAAAGCUUACACCGGAGAGAGAAGCGCAGCUCGAGGCAAGCCUGGGAACCUUUUAUGCUCCAACAAGACCCCUCUUGGAUGCAACCGUGUUGGAGUACAGGGACCCAAUCAGCAGAUAUGCAAGAAGAUUCUUCCACCACCUCCUCAGGUGAAUGACAGUUUCAACUACUAU